GUCUGUGCUGUGAAGUAAACACUCAACAUGGACGGUUUCCAUAAAAUUUUAUACAUAUUUUUUUAGUUUUAAAAUGUUGAUACUAUGAUUAAGUAAAGUUUUAAAGAAAAAGUAAAAGGCUUGAAAAUGUCUUCUGAAAGGGUGGAAUGGGUGGAGAUAAUAGAACCGAAGACAAAGGAGCAUAUGUAUGCUAACCUUACCACAGGAGAGUGUGUAUGGGACCCACCUGAGGGUGUUAAAGUGAAACGCACAGACUCAUCGCAAUGGUGGGAAUUAUUUGACAUCAAUACACAUAGAUUUUAUUAUUAUAAUGCAUCAACUCAGACAACAGUGUGGCAUAGACCCACAGACUGUGAUAUAAUACCAUUAGCAAAGUUACAAACAUUAAAACAGAAUACUGAUCCACUAAAAAGGAGAGAAACUUCAACACAGACUAAUUUGGCAGCACCACAGGUACCAUCAACACUAGACCCCCUUAACAGUAAUGGCAACAGUACAGCAAGUGCCAGUAAAUUAUCACCAUGCAAUACCAAAAGCGUUACAAUCACACAAACAAGUCCAGUGCGUACCAGGAGAUCUCAUUACCACCACAGAAACAGCGGCGAAAGCCGUCGGGGGAGGCUUAGUGAAGAUGGAACGACUCCUCUUUGUCGUCAUACGGACUCGGGACGGUCCUCCGAUAGUAGCAUUAGUAGCGCACAGCAGAGACGGAAACAGGAACUAAGUGCAGUAUGUAAUCCACCAAUUUGUACGCCACAAUUAAAGAAGAGGAGCAGCGUCCAGCCACCUCCCACCCACGCUGAAACUGAUAAAUGGUCACCACAUUCAGGAUUAAACCGCAGCGGAAGUUUCAUCUCGCCACGAAAAGACGCAUCCGAUGACUCGAUGCAUGAAAAGUAUUUUAAAUCCGUCGAAAGCACUCCAUUAACUAGACGUAAGUUAAAGCAGCAAUCUGCGGGUGGGUCCUCGUGCGAGUCAGCAUCUCCUCAAAGUCCCAGCAGUCCAUUGCAGAAGCCCCAACCUACGCCGUUUUUACAGACGUCAGCAGCCCGGCCGUCUUUGGUGUCGUCGAUAUCUCUGGCCACGGAGGCCGGUGGCGCCAGACACAUGUUGAGCUUGGAAAGACCGCAUCAUCUCUCACGGCACUCGCGGGAGAGGUAUUCGGAUAGGCAUCUAGACAAAGAUCGUUUAGCUGAGUUGGACCGUAUCGAGCGUUACCCGGAGAAGCAAGCCGUGUACAGUGUGGACAAGCCUUUCCGCCAGACCAGCCUCGACCUCCGCCAUAAUGCCAGCAACUGGCACCAGCCGAGGGAGUUUACUAGUUCGUCAAUUUCCAGACGCCAGCAGGCAGAGCCCGAGCGCUUCACUUCGAGCAAAUCCUCCAAACAGCAGCAGAGGCCCCACGAACACAACUUCAUGAGGCUCUCGUCCGCCAACGAGGCCGACAACGUCGCCGCUGUGAACUAUAAGUUAAAAAGCGUGAAUUUGGAGCCAGCCCUGACGGAGCCGAAUGUCCAGAAACAUAACCAGAGACUCGAGAGGACUACCACAAGGGACAGAACUAAAUCUCGACGUCACAAGCGAGCAGCGGAGGCAGAAGAGGUAGAAGAGGAGGAGGAGGGGGGUUCCCCCUUGUACUGCAACUGGGACUUACGAGGACUCCAGCAUCUGCUGCCGCUGCAGGAUUAUAUCAUACAGCAGGCAAAGCUAUCCAGCCGAAGCCGCUACGGCCAUUCAGACUCGGAGAACGAAUCCGGAUCUUCGCAUUCCAGAUCCGGCUCCGAAUCCCGGUCACUGUCCGGCCACGAGCCGGAUAACGAAUCCUCAGACGGUGGAGCGAGAACGCCGGAUGACGAUGACGGAUCCGGCGUGUAUCUGCCUCACACGUAUACGCAGAGGCCUUUAGAUGUGGAAUAUAUGAACCAUGGCGUCUCCUAUUAUAAUACGUUCGUUGGCUUUGAGCGGGAUCGGCAGCCGUCGCCAGGCAUUCACAGGACGUCAUCCGUGGGCGGUGGCAAUACCAGUAUAGGUAGCACAUCGGCCAGUGUCCCAGACGGAGCCGAAGGUGGAGCCUUGUACAGCCCCGUGCGGUCACAUCCGCGUCACCCCCCACUCCUGCCCCACAUGCCCCCACCCGAACAGGACAUUGAGAUAUUCGCAAAGGACAACCUCAACUUCAGCAAGGGAAUCUUUAGGAGAAAGGCAUCAGUCCGCGAUAUGCUCUCUUGGACGUCUUCAUCGAUAAGUGCCCCAAUGGUGGGGGCAGACUGGGACAAGGGGCACAAAAAGGCCGCGAUAGAUCUGUUCCGUCUGGUGCAGAUAUACAUGGGGGACCGAAAGGCUCGUCCCGGUAUGACGCUCAACUCGGUGGCCCAGGAUAUAUUACACGCUACAUUCACUAAUGAAAAGCUCCGCGACGAGCUGUACGUGCAGUUGUGCCGGCAGACCACAGAGAACCCUCUCAGGGACUCGUUGCUCCGCGGGUGGGAGCUGUUGGCCGUGUGCCUGGCCUUCGUCCCCCCCUCGCCGGCUUUUCAACCGGCUCUCACCAACUAUGUCAACAGGCAUCGGGAUCCCGCCUUUGCCGACUGCUUCCCUGAGGUCGGAAAAUGGCCGAUUCACGUGCAAGUGUCCCACUACGCGAGCGUAGCGUGCAAACGACUCGAACGAAUAGGCUUCGGAGGCAAAAGACAGCCGAGGAAGCCCACUACGGACGACAUCGACCAAGCUCGGAUACAAAUCUUCCGCCAAUCGAUGUUCGGGAAUACUCUCCAAGAAGUGAUGAUGCUUCAGAAGGAACGGUUUCCGAACAGGCAGCUGCCGUGGGUGCAGGUGGCUCUCUCUCAGCAAGUGUUGGCCCUCAACGGGAGAGAGACGGAGGGUAUUUUCAGAGUGUCGGCGGACGUCGACGAAGUCAACGCCUUGAAGGCCAAGAUCGACAACUGGGAACUUCCCGAUGUCUCAACUUUGACAGAUGCGCACGCGCCGGCCAGCCUUCUGAAGCUCUGGUACCGGGAGUUAUACGAACCCCUGAUCCCGGAUGCCUUGUACGGGGCCUGCGUGGCGGCCGGGAGUGACUUCGCCGCCUGCACUAGAGCGUUGCAGAGGCUGCCCGCGCUUAAUAGAUUGGUACUGACAUAUUUAAUAAGCUUCCUGCAACAAUUCAAUGCGCCCGAAGUGGUGAGUCAAACUAAGAUGGAUUCAGCCAAUCUGGCCAUGGUGUUCGCUCCGAACUGUCUCCGAUGCACCUCGCAGGACCCCAGGGUCAUUCUGGAGAAUGCGCGCAAAGAAAUGACUUUUCUGAAGACAUUGAUCACUAACCUUGACACGUCUCACGUUCAUGAUCUUCUGUGACCGAAUCUCAAUUAUUAUAAUAAUAAUAUCUCGGAAUAGCUUUCGCAUAAUAAAAGCAUGCAAUACUUAAAUCUCUAAAAGCUCUCAUGACCAAUAGAUCACUUGAUCCCUAGGAAGAUCGUAGAUAAUAGAUCUCUUAAUGUGCUUCAAAUUUGAUAAAUUCGGUAUGAUUUUUCAUUUAUUCUAGUCUCGAGACGAAAUAUCAAAACGACUUUACUGGGUUACAAUGAACCGCUUUUAGAUAAUUAUGUCUCAGAUUCACUUAAUUAAAAAUAUUAUUUUAUUUAAUACUAAAUAAUUCGUGUAAAAGCAAUAUUUUCUAAGAUAUUAAAACUUUGAAAGUGAUUUAAAUAAAAAAAAAUAUUGGUUGAAUCCAAAGAUAUUUAAUGAUAUUUUAAUGUGGCACUCCAUGACAUUACGUUUAAGUUAAGGACAUUUUACGUUUUUAUUUAGUACGCUAAAGUGCGUACGCGGGCCGUGAAUUACAGCGUGCACGCACGUCGAUUAAAUUUAUUUAUUCUAAACGUAUAUGAACACAUUAUUUUAAUAGUUUUAAUCGUCACCUUUAACUUUUGCUUCAAUACCUGGAAAUCAUUUAAAGUAAUUUCAUAUAAAUGGUAUAAUAAAUAUAAAUAUAAAAACAUCAUAACCUUUGGUCUUUGUGGUCAGUUAUUCAAGCGCUUAAUAAUUAUAAUUCAGCAUUCUGUGAACCGGUUUCUGGGUAUUUAGGGUUGAAAACAUAAUAAAAAUGAUGAGGAAACAUACACGAUUUUUUACAUAUUCUAUCAUAUAUUAAAUAUAAUAUUUAUGUAACAAAAAGCCCCAUUUCAUUAACGAACAAUUAAAUUUUUCAAUGAAAUGACGCAGAUAGAAGCACUAUAAUGAUAUACAAUUUAGUUACAUAAAUAUAUGUAAUGACGAUGCCUGUCACGUUGAUGAAUAAUUAUUAUGAUUCCGCAAGUGUCAUGUUCUCUUAACCUGGGUUUUUCUUUGUCUAUUAAUUAUAAUAGUUAGACCAACUACGCUGCAAACGUGAUUUAUUAAGAUGUUAACACUAAAAUGGUAAUAUUUUGAUUUAUUUCUUUCUUUCAAUGAGAAAUACUGCAUGGAAAUUAGUACAAAAAACCGCUUGAAUAACUGAAAUCUAUCAAAUAAAGUUAAUAUAAUUUUCAAUUGAAUCGAAUCAUACACCUAGAACAUCUGACGCACAAUUUAAAUUACGUCACUGAACUAUGCUAGAAUAGUUGUUUAAACAAAGUAUACAUAAAAUCGUGUUUAAUAGAUGCUUUAUCAAAUAGAAGUAUAUUCAUGAUACAAAAACUAUGUUAAUGUAUAGAACAUAACAAUUUCAAAUAGUGUUCAUUAUAUAUAGAUCGCGUAGAAUUACCUGAACCAAAUGCUUAGGGCAGCUCUAAGGCCUUGUAAAUUCUAUAUCGAAACUUCUAGAAGAUAUAAUCGGUUUUCUAUAUUCGAAUAUUUAAGUAAAGCGCAGCUAUAGUGUUGUUAUAGUUCUAAAAUAUAUACGGCAUAAAUAGGUGAAGUAAAAAGUUGAUAUUUUUCAAGUUAUUGCAGCCACACAUUACUAUUGUGUGUAUGUGUUCUCUAUUUUGUCGGUUAAUUUUAGUUAUUGCUAUAAACAGCAAACAAACCGCCUCUUUUGUCACAACGCUUUUAAUUUAAGAUUUAUUUCGCUCGCAUUUAACUUGAUUUUAUAGUCAUGAUGUUAUUAUAACUCUGUCGAGGUAAAAAAGAAUUCCUUCGGACAUUCCGCGUUCCAAUGAAGAUUUGCAAUUAUUUUUUUAUAUUUUAUUAGAACAGCUAGAUAUGUAAUAAGUAAUAUUUUUUUAAAUUGCGUUUUUCCUUUCUGUCUAAAUAGGAAAAUACUGUAAAAUUAUUGAUAAUGAUACAGAGAAUCAAGUGUUUUGUUACUGAUAUAUAAAACAAGUUAAGAUUAAUGUUUUUUUUAGUUUUGUUUUUACAAAAACUGAUCAUCAUCCCGGUUAUUAAAAAAUGUAUAAUUUAUAAUUAGUCGACAUGAAUUUGUUUUAAAGGAUUUUUGUAAAUUAAUUAAUCGUGCCAUAAAUAAACUGAUCGAGACUGUAAAAUGUUAUUAAUAGAUCACCUCUACUUUGAUUACAACCGGAAUCCUAUUCGAAUCUCAGUUUAAUUGCCAUUAUAAGGUUAACUCCCGCAUCAACUCGACUAUAAGGGUAUUUACCGCUUAAAAUGCCUUUCAACGAAUUUCUAAGUAAUCAAUUUGUAUCGAGUUUCCUUAUUUAUGUUUACCGUAUGUUCAGAGAUAGGCGAAUUGUGAUUAUACGCAGAUGCAUGAACGCACCUAAUCAAUUUAAAUUACAAUAAUGAUAUAUUUGGCAAUGAGAUGUUCUAUAUUAUAUACCGAAGCUUGUAUUUUAAUUAUGUAAAGUUGUAUAGUGCUUAUAAAUAAUGUACUUUUACUUUUAUCCCUUGUAUAUAAUAUGCCUUUCAUUUGUUCAAGACGAUAUAACUAUAAUGUGGACAUCGUUCAUUUUGGUUAUUACUGUAAAUGUGAACAUUUGAACAAAUAAAUAUCUAAUCGUCCAUUGGAUGAUUGCAAAUACCA